UUCCAGGAUUAAACAAGCUCAUUUUCCUCGGGGCUGUAGCUGUGGUUUUCUAACGUAAAGAGCAUUUCAAACCCCUCUCCUCCUUUUGUCCAAACGGCUUGGCUGUGUUUUGAUAAGCCGCUGUGAAUAUCCAUCAAGAACCCCGACCAGCCCACUGGAUUGUCGAGCAGCGGACCGUUUCGUCUCUUGCCCCCACCCCUCCUCGCCCUGCCCGCACUAUAUGUUACAUUUCCAGCCCACUCCUCUCGCUGUUUUUACGCAAGCGGACGUCCACAGCACAGCGACACAAGUGCGCGCUACAGGCUAGAAAGCGAGGCACGGCGGGCACACGGACUGACUGACGGCGGGCACAGGAGCGACGACGUGUCUGUCUUUGUUUGGGAACCGGCGGACUGGAUGGUGGAUUUGUUUAUUCUGUGGAUGUGGAUCAGGGGCUAGGAUAAGUUCGCAUGGGACAAAAACCCGCCUUCUUUCAUGUCGUCCAGCGAUUUGUUUCCCCCGGCGUGUUGACGCCAGUGGAAAAGGGGUAAACGGGAAGCUUUUCUGGAGGAGCGCAAUUGACAGAUAAGCGACAUGAAUGCAUACACGCGUUUCCGUCCACCAGCUGUACAGGAUAGAUGCAGUCAGAACGGCUUGUGAUUCUUAAUGUGAUUUCAGCAGCCUGUAAUGCAGCAACGUGGGUCGGUAUAAACGGAAAAGAUGCUCUGCUGCACGCUUGAGGUUUUGCACCGCGGGGCAAUGUGUUAUUGACGAUCUGCACGGCGGGAUAAUAAUGCAUCGAGACCCAACUUUGUUCGCAGGCCUGACAGACUGAGAGACGUUUGAUUAUCUCAUCUAAAAGUGCAUUUAUUCGUUAGCCUGGCGUGUGCUACAGUAAUCCUGUCAUUCUUGAAUAUAGCUUAGUGCUUCAGUAAAACGCCAGUGCCAUUUUAUCUCUCAGCCCUGUGCUGUUCUGUGAUGCACAUUUUGUUUUUUUAAAAAACCCAAAUCCUGCAGCCUAUUGAUGUCAGCGAUCGCGUUGUGUAGAUAAAACCUCUGGAGCUCUGGAGUUGUGUUACCAAAUGACUGGUAAAUUGUCGAUGUAGGCAGGCCUAACCCUUCGCCUAUGCAGAUCCAAUCGAUAGUGAGAUAAAGACAGCUCCGGCAGGCUUUUUAUGCUACCCUGUAAGUGUCACGGGGGUGUGUUUUAAAUCCCGCAUAUCUAGUUUUUACACAUGCCCCAGAGCGGCAGAGAGGCUGUUCAGUAACGGAGUGGAGACUGUCAAAGCUCCGUGUAGUCUCGGAGAAAACAACUGUGAGGCAGCGUCUCAAGAUAAGUUUCAAUGGUUUUCCGAAAGUUGCCCGGUGUGUCGGCAUCGGGCAUGGGUCUGCGCCUGUCCCAGAAAUUCGUCUUUCUGCUCUUUCUGUCGGGUUUGGUCACACUCUGUUUUGGAGCCCUUUUCUUUUUGCCAGACUCUGUCCGACUAAAACGCAUUUUUCUGUCCAAGACAGAGACCCAGCCGGUCACCGUCGGCUCCGGGUCCGAGAACGAUGCCAGGGAGCACUUAAAAAGACCGAAGGACCAGGAGCACCCGCGGGGCAUGACCUCGGCCAAAGGAGAGACCAGCACCAAGCUGAAGACUCUGAGCCGCAAGGCGUCCGUCUCGCGUGAUGGGACCGACGAGCGACUCGCCGGGGGCAAAGCGCCGGAGGAUUUGAAUCCCGCCAGGUCGAAAACGGAGUCCGCCUCGGAGAAAGCGACCGCUUCUGACCACGGAGCCAACUCGGAUACUGUCAGUUACGCGAAAUUCAAACGGUGUCUGCUCAAACCCCCGCUGGGGAGAGACAACGGCAAGCCGAGCGACCCCACGACCAACCAGCGUCGGGAGAAAGUCAAAGAGAUGAUGAAGUUUGCCUGGGACAACUACAAGCGCUACGCUUGGGGCAAGAAUGAGCUGCGACCCUUGACGAGAAACGGGCAUAUCGGCAACAUGUUUGGUGGCCUGAGAGGAGCCUCCAUCAUUGACUCACUAGACACGCUAUAUAUUAUGGGAUUGAUGGACGACUAUAACGAUGCCAAGGAGUGGGUGAAGACCAGCCUGGACAUAAACUCGAACGGCGAGGCAUCACUCUUUGAGGUGAACAUCCGUUAUGUUGGCGGGUUGCUGUCGGCGUACUACCUGACAGGAGAGGAGGUUUUCAAGAGCAAAGUAUUGGAGCUGGGAGAGAAGCUGCUGCCUGCCUUCAACACGCCAACAGGAAUCCCCCGUGGAGUCAUCAACCUGGGGAGCAGUGGCACCAGUUGGAGCUGGGGAUGGGCCUCCGCUGGAAGCAGCAUCCUGGCUGAGUUCGGGACCCUUCAUCUCGAAUUUGUCCAUCUGACGGAGCUCUCCAGGAACCCCAUCUACACAGAGAAGGUGACGAACAUCAGAAAACUACUGAACAAGAUUGAAAAACCCCACGGCCUGUACCCCAACUUCCUCAGCCCGGUCAGCGGCAACUGGGUCCAACAUCACGUUUCCAUCGGUGGCCUUGGGGACAGUUUCUACGAGUAUCUGAUCAAAUCAUUUCUGAUGUCAGACAAGACAGACAACGAUGCAAAGAAGAUGUACUACGACGCGCUGGAGGCGAUUGAGGCUAAUCUGGUACAGAAGUCAUCUGGUGGUCUCACCUACUUGGCUGAGUGGAGGGGAGGGAUCCUGGAUCACAAGAUGGGCCACCUGGCCUGCUUCUCCGGGGGCAUGAUCGGCAUCGGGGCUGAUGAUGGAGCACCAGAGAAGAGGCAGCACUACCUGGACCUGGCUGCUGAGAUCACACACACGUGCCAUGAGAGCUACACUCGCUCAGCCACCAAACUGGGACCCGAGGCGUUCAGAUUUGAUGCCGGAGGUGAAGCCACAGCAACCAGGCUGAGCGACAGAUAUUACAUCCUGAGGCCGGAAGUCAUCGAGAGCUACAUGUAUAUGUGGAGACUGACCCACGACCCCAAAUACAGAGAGUGGGGUUGGGAGGCUGUUGAGGCCCUGGAGCAGCACUGCAGAGUGGAGUCUGGCUUCUCUGGGAUCCGUGAUGUUUACACCACGUCAGUCAGCCACGACAACAUGCAGCAGAGUUUCUUCCUCUCGGAGACGCUCAAGUAUCUGUACCUGCUCUUCUCUGACGAUGACCUUCUCCCGCUGGAGGACUGGGUCUUCAACACCGAGGCCCAUCCGCUGCCCAUCAUCCGCAGCAGCUGCCUGUGGGACGAGGGGACACAGGAUAAGGCAGUCUCCGAAUAAGACCAACCGCCUCCGACAACAACUGAGACAGUUCACUGACACAGUUCAUCUGCACACACACACACACACACACACACACACACACACACUCACACCAAUACUACAACACGAAUUUAAUGCAGGUACAGAGUCUUGUCAGGAGCGUGUUGUGGGACACUCAAUUCCUUUCCAGUAAAGGAUGUUGUCGUUUUACGCUGUGAUUGUAUAUCCUUUCGCCAGGCUAACUUCCUGCUGGCACUUCUUUUUUGUGGACAAUCAAGACGAACAUGAUUUUCAUGAAAAGAGCACCUUUUUCUUUCCUUCUUUCCUCUGUGAGGAAACCAGUACAACUUUCAGACCCAAAUGUAUGGGAGGAGGGUUGAACUAUGGGCCAUAUUGCUAGAAGAAGAGAGAAACAUAUGGAAAACCACUUGAGAUUUGCUCUUUGAUUUCCUUGUUUUGUUAAUCUUAACUGAUGGAUGAUUUCCUUCCUUCUCGUCAUUGUAUUUCUUUCCUUUGUGAGUACAAUCUUUGACCAAAGGUUUCUUUGCAUUUCUGUUUCCGUCUUUUCCAGUGAUGUGUUUUUGGUUUGAUUUGACAGAACGUAAAUUUGACUUUUAAAGACUGAAGUGUACUGAAUAUUGAUUAAUGUACAGACAAACAAGAAAUGUGGUUCUCGAAUCCGCCUCGAAACUAAUGUUGAUGUCACGUUUCUUACUGAAACAAUCUUGAAUGAAAAUCUUUUCCAGUUAGGAGAUGUCAGGAAAGUGGCAGUGUCUUAUGCAUCCAGGGACCAUUUAUUACAAAGAUUGAUGUUGGGCUGUGUUCCCACUGUAUGCUGUUAUUGGUAUGGGUUAUUUUGUGAACAGGACGAUGCUUUCUCAGUCCUCUCAGCCUUUCAAAUCAAAGUAACAAAUGGAGUACCGUCAGUUCUGUGGUUGUAAUACACGCAUAAAAGGAAAAAGAACGCAUUCGCUAGCCAGCACCAAAUGGGUUUUCCUGUUUCUGUUGUAGUUUUUCCUGCUUCACUCUGCCUUUACGUGUGAAUCCAUACGGCUGCCAAUACUGAUGUUAAAGCCUGUAGCCGAGAGCCGAAUGCCGAGACGAGUUUUCAUUCUCAUCGCUGUUCUUUUCAUCACUGCUGUCCUGCACAUUUGUGGAGUGAAUGUGCUGUACAUACAGACGAAGUGAGUGACCCCUGUAUGAGCUUGUCUUGACUUUUAUUUUGUGAUCUGUUCUUUUAUUUUGGUUUUGGUUUUUUUCUUUUUUCUAAACUUCAGUGGUUAUUUUUUCUGGGUUUUCUUUUGAUUUGCUUCCCUCAGGUGAUUCAGAAAAAAAAAAAGGAAAAAAACUAAACAGUUCAGAUUUUAAGUCUAGUUAUUGCUGAUAUUAAUUAAUGUUAUUACUUAUUCUUACUGUUUGAUUUAACUUUCAUUGUUGAAUAUUUUUCAAAUACUGAUAAAAAGACCUGUGCAACUUUGUACAUUUAAAACAA